CACAGACCCAACAGUGAGUGUGUGAAGUUCUAACUGAAGAAGAGAUGAAGACGCUGCACUUGGCUCUGAUUCUGCUCUCGCUGUCCGGUGUUCUCACUAAGGACAGUAGAUGGGGUGUGAAUUAUACGGAGAAGUCGAUCUGUGCUGUGAGAGGAUUCAGUGUCUCCAUUCCCUGUAGUUAUUAUUAUCCAACAUCAAAUCCCAACAUUCAGGUGACACAAAUGCUUUGGUGCUCAAUGAACAACAACAUAGAUGUGUGUGAAACCCCUCCGUAUGUUUAUGACAGCUCAUCAAACACCAAGUCAGACUUUGAGUACGUUGGAGACGACAAAUCAAACUGCACUUUGUUAAUCCACAAUGUACAGUUCAGUUAUUCUGGAGAGUACAAAUUCAGAUUUAUAACUAAUGAGCCUGGUGGCAGAUUGACAGGACAACCUGGAGUGACUCUACAAACUGCAGAUUUAAAGGUGUCACUAAUCAGCCUCAGUGGAAACGGAACCCUUAAACAAGGAGACUCGUUAAAUCUGAUGUGUGAUGUGAACUGCACACACAGUUCCUCACAGUUUGUGUGGUCUAAGAACAACGAACAGUUAAAUCCAUCAGGACCCGUUCUUCACUUUCCUGCUCUAACCGUGAGGGAUUCUGGGAAUUACACCUGCACUUGGAAAACCAAGGAGACGUCAGGAUCUAAAACCAUCAGCCUUCAGGUCGAGGGUGAAAAUCCUGAUGGUCCGUCAGUCUGGAUGAUUGUUUUAGUGACAGCUGGAGUGAUGUUCAUGGUGUUCUCUAUCCCAGCUGUGAUUUACAACAGGAGACGUGUCCACACUGAGCAGCUGAAGGAGGAUGAUUCAGACAUCUACACCACAGUACAGUACAAUACAUUCACCAUGAACUGAUCCCACUUUCACACCUCAGUUACUUCAUCCCAGAUUUCUGUAUGUGAAUUUCACCUGAGAGCAGAAAGACACCAGAUCCUUAUCUCUCUAGAGCUCGUUCAUAAACCUCUGUCUGUGUGUGUGUGUGUGUGUGUGUGUACGGUUCCCAUUGUGCUUGUACAGUACAAGAGGUGUCAUCUGUAAAAAAUAAAGUAUGUGCACAGAUUAAUAAACCAAAAACAUUAAAUAUUUCUUUAUUUAUCUUUAUUGAACAAAUGUUUAUGGUCUCACUCACCCACUUACUCAUCAUCUAUACCACUUUAUCCUGUAUUCAGGACCGCGGGGGACCUGGACCCUAUCCCAGGAGACUAAGGGCAUAAGGCAGGAUACACCCUGGACAGGGUGCCGAUCCAUCGCAGGGCACACACACAUACACUCACACACUACGGGCAAUUUGGGAACGCCAAUCAGCCUAAUCUGCAGGUCUUUAUAUGGUGGGAGAAAACCCGAGUACCCAGAGGAAACUCACGGGGAGACCAUGACAUGUUUUCAUGACUUUUUCGUGACUAGU